GACGUUUCUGUCUUAUCAUCAUCGAAAAAGAACGAAAAACAAGGCAGUCGCAAAAAAUUUCUCAGGUCGAUGGAAAAAAAGUUAUUUUUUGAAGAAAAUCGUCUUUUACCACCCGCGUGAAAUCAUCACUGUCGCUGCUUCAAUGAACUUCAAUGUGUUUUCACUGCUUAAUUUAACAUCACUGCUGUCGGAUUACCUAAGCCAGCUGCAACUUCCGUCGUCGUUUUCGGCCCCGUCCGUUCCGGUGUCGUCAUCCCCUCCGGAGCAGGUUCCCCCAGCAGCAGCAGCAGUUGUGCCGGCCACCGACGACGGUUCAGAGACGCUUCUCGAGGGGGAUCAACUGCUGAGCGAGCAGUUUGACUUUAGCAUCCUCGCGGACGGUUGGUGCUUUUUGCGGAACUUUGUUGGCCAGUGGCUUGGAUCGGUUGGAAGUCCGUUGGAGUUUACCGAGUUCCAGGCGCACAUUGGGAAGACGUUUCUGGUUAUUCUGUGCGUGAACUUGCUGCUGAUUGGGUUCUACUGGCGGAAGUACGGAAGUAUAAUCACCGAUCGCUUCAUCCGGCCGAGUACCGCCAAGGAAAUCGAAGAGCUAAAGUUGUCCGUGGCACGACUUAAGUUGCCGAAGGAGCACAGCCCGCGGAUCUAGAAAUGUCCAACAAGCUUAAGAAAUUCUUCGCCAAGCAGAAGGUAAAGUUCGGUGCCGCUGG